UUGUUUAAAAAGUUGAGCAUUUAAAACCCCAGGGGGAAAAAUUCUCAGUCUUAAAAAAUAUAUUAAGAAAUCAGUCCAAAAACUGGUUGAGCAAUGGACUGAUGUCCAUGCCUGGGAAAUGUUAAAAGAGUUGGGAUUAGGAAUUUUUUUCUUCUUCUUUUUUCUAACGUUGUUACAUCCCAAGGCUAAAUUUAAUGUCUGUCCCUAGAGGCCCCAUCCUGAGGGACUUCAGAGCGUGGAGUGUUAAAAUAGGUGGGUAUUUCAGUUUUAUGAAUGCUCUGUAAAGAUCUUGUAGGUGAUUGUCCCCGUCUGUGAGGUCAGAGCAAAUCCGGUUGUUUCCUAGGGCUUGGCACUGUACAAUCAACUGAAAAAUGUGUCUGGGAUGGAAGCUGGAAGCAUGAAGAAAAUAAUGGCCACACAAUGGCAUCGGACCAUGAUGCAGAAGACAUCCUAAAGCCUCUGGUCUUCCGGCUCCAUGAAAACGUUCCUAAAGCAGUCCGUGAGGUCUUAUUGGAACGAGGAUGGAGUGAAUUUGACGAACAAGAGCAAGAUGAAGCAGACUGGAAUCUGUACUGGCAGAACUCCCCUUUCCGUAUGACUGACCACCGCAGCAUUAAACCAUGGCAGAGGCUGAAUCAUUAUCCAGAAACAGCCAGGAUCACAAGGAAAGACUAUCUGGCAAGGCAUUUGAAACGCAUGAAAGGAAUUUAUGGACCAUCUCUUUAUGAGUUUAGUCCAGUGGCAUUCAUCAUGCCUAACGACUAUGUCAAGUUUAUGGCAGAAUAUACCAAGGAGAGACAGGCACUGGGCAGAAAGCCAAGCUACUGGAUUUGCAAGCCUGUGGCUCUGUCUCGUGGAAGGGGCAUACUCAUUUUCCAGGACAUUAAAGACUUUGUAUAUGAUUGCAUGGUCAUUGUGCAGAAGUACAUUAGUAAUCCUUUGCUUAUUUCUGGGUACAAAUGGGAUCUCCGCCUCUAUGUCUGUGUCACCAGUUUUUGCCCCCUUACCAUUUACACUUACGAAGAAGGACUGGUGAGGUUUGCCACUGAGAAGUAUGACCUCGGUUCUCUGGACAAUGUCUACGCCCACCUGACAAACACAAGCAUCAAUAAAUUUGGAGCCUCAUACAAAAAAAAUAAAGAAGGGAUCGGCCGUGGCUGCAAAUGGACAUUCAGCAAAUUCCGAUCUUACCUACGCAGCCAUGAGGUGGAUGACCUGCUGCUGUGGCGGAGAAUAAACAACAUUGUAAUGCUGACCCUGCUUGCAGUAACCCCAUCUGUUCCCUUAACUUCCAAUUGCUUUGAGCUGUUUGGGUUUGACAUUCUGAUAGAUGACAAAUUCAAACCAUGGCUUUUAGAGGUCAACUACAGCCCAGCCUUGCACCUAGACUGUUCCAUAGACACAACAGUGAAAAAGAGACUUCUCCAUGAUAUCAUUGAAUUGCUAAAUUAUAAGCAAACUGACACCUUGAGAGAAAACAAAGGGGCCAGCACUAAAUCUUCCUAUGCUGGUAGAACACACAUCCGCUUGACUACACAGAAUGAAAAUGCAACUGAUGAUUCUCCUGAUUUCCUUGCUUCUAAGCAAGAGAGUGAAUGCACUGCCACUUCUGCAGUACAGUCGCUCUUAGAUGUUGCAAGAGGUUCAUUUAAAAAGGGGGCCAUAGCAAUGGGGAAAAUGUCCAGAACACAACCCAGGAAAACACUAACCUCACAGCUCCGGGAAAGGAUGAAUAAGCCAAAACCAUCUUCGCAAUCAAAAGCUGCAUCUAAAAGCAAACAGCUACCAGGCGCUAGACAUUCUCCACAUGCGUCUGUCCAAGUCACCCAUUGGUUACCUACCACUGAAUCGUUCAAUUACAAAUUAACUAUUCCUCCAUAUUUUGUUUCCGCUAAAGACAAAAGGCCGUUCCCUCGGAUAGGUGAUUUUGUCCUUAUAUUUCCUUUCAACGAUGCGGCGCUUGAGGCUUCCAGAAAUGGAAUAGAUAUAAAAAGCAUCAUACAUGAAAUACACAAGUUAAUGAGCAAACAGUUACCUCUUGAACAGCAGAAUGUAAAGAAGAGAAAAGAUUAUUUAUCUUUUAGAUAAUUCAGUGGAUGUUAGGAUAUAAGCUGCAGCACAACAAAAGCAUAUGAUGAUAAUCAGAGAUGAAUGAAGCUGGGCCAUCAGGUGGUGCUUUAGCCUGAAGAUAGUAGAUAUGUGCUGAAGUCAUCUCAGAAAUAGGGAUCUUUCAAAAGCACAGCCAUUUGAAAGUGUCUUUUGUAAUUUAAACUAUGACCCUAGUAUAUUUUUUUAAAUAAAAGAAUUAAUUGAAUAUUUAAUUUCCAUUCUGCCUCUAAAAUAGUCCCUACAUGGAAAUAUGAAGUUGUAUAUUCUUUCAUAAGUUUUUAAAAUGUCAAUCUUUCCUUUUGUUUAUGAGCCAUUUAUUCAUCCCUGCCUUUCAUAGCCAAGAUCUUUUUUUUUUCCUGCUGGGGAAGCUUUAGAACUAUACAUGGUUGAUUAGUUUACCACCUAAAGCAUGCAACUUAGGUAUCAAUGUCCCAUAGUUUACAGUGUUAUUUAUAGUCAUAAAACUAUUAAGGCUUUUUAAGAAUUCAGUACACUGAGUCUGAUACACUGAGCUCUUGGGCAUUCACUUCCACAAACUGACUAUGUGCUGUGUGAAGAAAUACCAUUCAAAUAGAAUUACAUUAUUUUCUCUCAAUAAGGGGUUUCUGCAGAAAUUCUUAUAAAAUGCAAUUUCAAAAAUAUCCUACAUCCUAUUCCAGCCUGGUUUUCAAAUCUAGGUCUCAAACCGUAAACAAAGAAUCCCCAACUGUCUUUGUCAAGUAGAAAAUACUAUAAUUCAGUCUCCCAAGGCAACAGAGAAAUGUAAUAUUGGAGCUUGGAUGUGAACAGCAAGUGCCAUUCUAGGAUCACCAGAUAACAUCUCUCUCUCACAGAUACAAUACAUUAUAUACCUGCUGGGGCUUUCCUCAUGUGAAUCAGUUACUCAGUUUUGUUAUGCCAUAAUUUUGCUGCCUUACAUUAGACUGCUGGUGUAAAACUUUUUGUGCAAUAAACUGAGUAGGGAGAAAAAAAACAACAAAAAAAACCAAAAACCAUUAACAUUGAAUUGAAGUUUUUGUUUGAUUUCCUGUCUAAGCCAUUUG